AUGGACAAUGGGAUGUUCUCUGGUUUUAUCAUGAUCAAAAACUGCUUUCUGCUCUGCAUUUCCAUGAGUUUAGCCAGUAAGUUUGGCUUCUCACAAAUGCCAACAGCUUCAGGGAAAUAUGAUACCAAUGAUAACAUCACGAUAUUCACCAGGAUUCUGGAUGGCCUGCUGGAUGGGUAUGAUAACAGGCUUCGCCCAGGCCUGGGAGAAAGAAUAACUGAGGUGAAAACAGACAUCUAUGUCACCAGUUUUGGUCCUGUGUCAGACACUGAAAUGGAAUAUACCAUUGAUGUUUUUUUCCGACAAAGCUGGAAAGAUGAAAGGCUUCGGUUUAAAGGCCCGAUGCAACGUCUGCCUCUGAACAACCUCCUGGCCAGUAAGAUCUGGACUCCAGACACAUUCUUCCAUAAUGGGAAAAAAUCCAUUGCCCACAACAUGACCACUCCCAACAAGCUCCUGCGCCUUGAGGAUGAUGGGACCCUUCUCUACACAAUGAGAUUGACCAUCUCUGCUGAAUGUCCCAUGCAGCUCGAAGACUUUCCCAUGGAUGCCCAUGCUUGUCCAUUAAAAUUUGGAAGCUAUGCUUAUCCCAAUUCUGAAGUGAUUUAUGUGUGGACUCACACCCCGGCAGCAUCUGUUGUAGUAGCCGAAGAUGGUUCAAGGCUUAACCAGUAUCACCUGAUGGGACAAAGUGUAGAUUCUGAAAAUAUCACUACAAGCACAGGUGAAUACACUAUAAUGAGAGCACAUUUCCACCUGAAAAGAAAGAUUGGUUAUUUCGUCAUCCAGACUUAUCUUCCAUGCAUCAUGACUGUGAUCUUGUCUCAAGUAUCAUUUUGGUUAAAUAGAGAAUCUGUCCCUGCUAGAACAGUCUUUGGCGUCACUACUGUGCUUACAAUGACGACACUAAGCAUCAGUGCCCGCAACUCUCUACCAAAAGUGGCCUAUGCCACUGCCAUGGACUGGUUCAUAGCGGUGUGCUAUGCCUUUGUAUUUUCUGCACUGAUUGAAUUUGCUACGGUCAACUAUUUUACCAAAAGAAGCUGGGCCUGGGAUGGCAAGAAGGCUUUGGAGGCUGCAAAAAAGAAGAAAAAAGAGCGUGAAUUACUGGCAAACAAAUCCAUGAACACUUACAACAUUGGAAAGACGACCCCUACAUUAAGCAUACCAAAAGACUCCAGCCCUUCAGUCAUCUCUAACUCAGCACCUGUUCCAGCAAAACCCGUUGAGAAACCUGCUGAAAACAAAAAGACCUAUAACAGCAUCAGUAAGAUUGACAAGAUGUCCCGAAUAGUUUUCCCAGUCCUGUUUGGAACUUUUAACUUAGUUUAUUGGGCCACGUAUUUGAACAGGGAACCUGUUAUUAAAGGUGCUGCUUCUCCAAAAUAA